AUGGGAGACCAACAACAGGCCCGCGGCGGGUGGUGGUCCAACCCCCACGACCCCGAGUCCACGGAUCCGGAGUUGUUAAAACAGAAUUCAGAGAUACGCAUAUUCACAACAGAUCGCUACACUUAUGCUGAUAUCCGCAUAUUCUACAAACGGCAUCAACAAGCAGACCAGCUGCCCAAGCCACCCAUCCCCUUGCUCGUCUUCAUUCACGGGCUGGGAGGCUCAGUGGCGCAAUUUCACCCGCUGCUGACGAGCCUUGUCCACAUCUCAUCAUGUCUGGCCAUCGACCUGCCCGGAUGUGGGCGUUCCAAGUUUGCACAGACGUCAUGGGAUGCCUACAGUCCGGAAGCACUGGCCGAGCUGCUGGAAGUCAUCAUCGAUGAGUACCGCCAGAAGGAGCCUGACCGCAACGUGGUUCUCAUCGGCCAUAGCAUGGGCACGACGAUGUGUGCACAACUGGCUAGCCGCAACACGACGCACCGAACAGAUUUGAGAACACACAUCGUGGGACUCGUAGCGAUUUGCCCCGUCUCUGGACCUCCACCAGCUGACAAGACGGCGCUGUUCCGCAAACUUUUGUGGGUUCCCGGCUGGCUUUUCGAUCUGUGGAGGGCCUAUGACCGAUGGGGAGGACCGCAGAGUGCCAGCGUGAGCCGGUUUGUCGGACCGGGAGCAGACCUCGAGCUGCGCAAGCUGCAAGACCGGUUUAACAACCAGAGUCGCACACCGGUAUGGCGCCGUAUGGCUUGGGGGUCUUUACCGACGUUCAAGAAUGGCGUUGCCAGGGGUGGCGUGCCCGGAAAGGACGUAUGGACCGGCGUUGACGUACCCGUAUACCUUGUUGGCGGGGAGGCAGACAAACUAACCCCUCCUGGUGAAGUCGGCAAGAUCGAGGAGUAUCUUCAAACCAAGGCACCGCUGUCACCAGAGACGGGUUCGGAAGAUGGCCAUGAGACCGUCGUCGACUCUGCUGCGCCAGUCAACACCUCCCAAAACGUCACCGAUCAUGUGCUUGAGAGCAUCGACGACAUUCGAGAUGAAGACUUCCAGCGAGACAGACGACUGGAUGAAGGUGCAGACACGACUGAGGACCCCUCUACGCCAGACGAAUCAUCUCCUGCAAACCUUCCGCCUCAGCCUCGACAUCCCACCAAGGUGGUCAAGUCGAUCAUCAUCCCGGCGCCUGCCAAUCACGCUUUACUGUUCAUGCCCUCGACCGCUCGGGUUCUCGCCCAUCACAUUUCCGACUUCCUAGCCUGUCACGUCACCGGUCGCUUCGAACUGAAAUGGCAGCUGCAGUACCUCUCGCGUGAGGGCAAGUGGGACGUGAAGAACCUAGCCAAGUGGAAGAAUGUCGUACCGGUAUCGCUCCCGAUAGGGCCCAAGGGCAAACCUGCCGUCUUUCGGGCAAUGAAGACGUUGCGAGAAGCCGACGAUGUACACUGCCCUGCCGAGUUCGUCAAGAACUGGGGCAAGAUUAUCAAGGACGUUGUUGACAUCAGUCACGACCAGCCUGUCUACGACCCUAGAAGCAUGGAGAAGGGCGGCGUGCGCUACCACAAGUUCGCCACGGUAUCCAAGGUUCCGCCCAGUGAUGGAGAAGUUGCGCAUUUUGUGGCGCUUGUGGACAAGCUGAGGGAAGAGCAGAAGAAGAGAGCCGAGGAGGAAGGAUGGGAAGCGGUCAACGGGGAAAAUCAGGUCAUUGGUGUUCACUGCCAUUACGGGUUUAACCGCACGGGUUACUUUAUUGUAUGCUACCUGGUCGAGCGGUGCGGACUAGGUGUGCAGGAGGCGAUCGACACGUUUGCGCAAGCGAGACCUAAUGGGAUCCGACACUCGCAUUUCUUGGACAAACUACAUGUACGAUAUUCAGAGGCGAAGAAGACGAACGACGGGGCCCUCUCGGGCACCGUCGCCGCGCCGCGUAAGUUCCACGCGUGCAAGCUCAGCCACGACUUCGGCUCCGCGCCGGCCCCUAAGCCGGCACAACAACAAACAAUUACCAUCGCAGCCGCGGACAUCGAGUCCGACGUCCAGAAGUUGGCGGCGCUGGGCCGCGACCGAGCGGAUCGAGGGCACGUCGGCGUGCGGGGAUGUAUCGUUGACGACGGCCGCAAGCUCGCGGGCCCGUUGUACAGGGCGAUCGGGUUCGAUGUGAACGCCUUUCAGAAGGUGGACAAGGCGGAGGUUAUUCGCCGGAAGUUGAAGUUGGCCUCAUCGUCUUUGGGUAAGAGUGAGGGCGCGGGCGAGGGCGUAAAGGUGUUGCAGAGGUUGAGAGAGGUGCAGGGGGAGAUGGGGGAGGUGCUUGGGCGGCUGGAGGCGGUGGAGAGAGAGUCGAGGGUGCCGGUGGGGGGAAGAGGGAACUGGAGGGGUGGGAGGUUUCUUGAUCUGGAUUGCUUGUAG